AUGUGCCUGCCGCAGGCUUUGACUAGCGGCUGCCUGCCCCUGCCUUUGGUACCCUCGCCUAUAAAAGUCACAGCUGUCGCGGGAUUAGAUAAGGUACAGAUCUUAUUCUCCCAACGAGCCCCUAAAACAUCCAACCCUUCUCCCGUUCUUCAGAUUUUCGGUUUCCAUCUCAACGGAGAGCUAACUGGCGUUUCUUCCCACUUCAAAUCUUACCCAUCAAUCACCAUGUGGUUGAUCAACACACGCACCCUUGAGCUCGAGGAGUUCGUCGGCACCGACAUACCCAAGUAUGCCAUUCUUUCGCACACAUGGGAGAAUGGAGAAGUCACAUUUCACGAUGCCAAAGCAAAGCUACUGGAGAAACAGACAUCUCAAGGCGCCCGCAAGGUAGCAAAAGCAUGCCAAGUUGCGGCCGAGCAUGGAUUGGCCUAUGCCUGGGUCGAUACGUGUUGUAUCGACAAGUCCAGUAGUGCGGAGCUCACAGAGGCCAUCAACUCCAUGUUCCAAUGGUAUCGCUCGUCACAGAUUUGCUUGGUCUACCUCUCCGAUCUCCAAGCAGACGAACUUGACCAGGCAAUGUACGCAUCCCGCUGGUUCAAACGCGGAUGGACGCUUCAAGAACUCAUCGCUCCCACCAGACUCAUGUUCUACGACCAGGACUGGAAGGCAAGGGGGACGAAAGAGGAUUUGGCAAGCCUACUCAGCAAGAUUACUCGCAUCGAUAUUGGCAUCUUGUUAGAUCCUUCCAAAAUACAUACAAUUGCGGUUGGCAAAAGGAUGAGCUGGGCGGCUGACCGGCAAACGACACGCAUCGAAGACAGGGCCUACUCUCUUCUGGGAAUCUUUGACAUCAAUAUGCCUCUGAUAUAUGGAGAGGGCCCGAAGGCUUUCACAAGAUUACAAGAAGAAAUCAUACGGCGAAGCAAUGAUGUCAGCAUCUUUUACUGGCGGACCUGGGAAGAUUUACGUUGGCGCGGUAUGCUGGCCAUCUCGCCUGAUGAGUUCAAAUGUGCAGCAACCAUCAAGAAUGGUGUGACUCUCAGGAACGGCCCCGAGUACUCUCUAACGAACAAAGGCCUCCGUAUUGACCUCGAGCUUGCGGCUGCCGGCCCCAACGUUUACUUAAUGGCCCUGUACUGUGCUGAUUCCUAUACGGAUGAGUGGGAGUGCAUCUACUUGACGGCCAUUGGU